UAUUAUCCAACAGUACAUAUGUUGAAUACUGAUACAAAUUGCUUUUGAUUCUGUUUUGUUCUUAGUUUUAUCACUUGUUGUUGUUUGAUUCAUAAGUACAUAUCUUCGAUACUGAAAUAAGACGCUCUCGAUUAUGUUAUUUUGAUAGAUUCUUUACAUACAAUUGUUUUUAGUUUAUGAAUCAGCAGUACAUAUGUGGAAUACUGAUACAAACUGUUUUUUUUUGGUUGAUCCAUUAGUACGUAUGUGUAGUACUGAAUAUGUGCUUUAGUUCGUCUAUAUUCAUGGAUUCGUCACUUUUUCUUUACAUGCAGUUGAUUUUUUAGUUCAUGAAUAGCAGUACGUAUAUGGCGUACUGAUAGAAAGUUCAUUUGAUUUUGUUUUAUUCAAAGUUUUGCCACUGUUUUGGGUUCGAUCCAUGAGUACAUAUGUGUAAUACUGAAACAUGUGCUUUGACUCGGUUAUAUUCAAGGAUUCAUCAUUUCUUCUUUACAUGCGGUUGAUUUUUUAGUUCAUGAAUACGCAGUUCGUAUAUGGUGUACUGAUAGAAACCUCUUUUGAUUUUGUUUUAUUCAUAGUUUUGCCAUUGUUUUUGGGUUCGAUCUAUGAGUACGUAUUUGUAAUACUGAAAUAUGUGCAUUGAUUAUGUUAUAUUCAUGAAUACAUCAAUUCUUAUUUACAUGCAGUUGAUUUUUAAUUCAUGAAUACACAGUACGUAUAUGGUGUACUGAUAGAAACUUUUUUUUUAAUUCAUGAAUACGCAGUUGAUGCAUUGAGGACUGGAGCAGCUGCUAUGAAAGCUAUGCAGAAAGCAACUAAUAUUGACGAUGUCGACAAGACAAUGGAUGAGAUCAAUGAGCAAACACAAAACAUGAAAGAAAUUCAAAACGCACUGGCAAAUCCUAUUGGAUAUGACUUUGAUGAGGAUGAAUUGGAGGCUGAACUCGAGGAACUAGAAGAAUUAGAGUUGGAGGAGCAAAUUCUUGAUACAGAAACAACUUACCAUGUACCUCCAGUCCAUGUCCCACAAGUAAAUCAACCAAAUCGUCGUCCUUUUAACAAGAACUCCAAGGAAGAAGACGAGUUCGCCACAUUAGAGAAAGAGAUGGCAAUCUAAACAGUGUUUGCAGAUCAAUUGCAUUUUACUUUUGAUGAAUUCUCGUUGCUUGACCAGCUCUACUCCAUUUACAGGUUUAUGUUUCUGCGGUGUGCAGCAAAAUUUGCUGGUUAGAAAAUAUUUGUAUAGGUGGGUUAUAAUAUCCAAAAAAGAAGACAGACUUUCUCCCGUUUCAAACAUGUAAUCUAAUUUCUCAUCUUGUUUCUCAAUUUUUUCUGUGAUUACCGAUUGCAAGUAUAAGUUUCAUAUCAUCAAUUGAAUAACGAAAGUACAUAAUAGCUUAUUUGCCACCA